AUGCUAUCAGUGGCUGGGACAAAAAGCAAAGUGAAAGGUGGACAAGGUCAGUUCCCCAUAACUCAGAAUGUGACCGUGGUGGAGGGGGGCUCAGCCAACAUGACCUGUCGUGUGGAUUACAAUGAUAACACUUCCCUCCAGUGGUCAAACCCUGCACAACAGACCCUAUUCUUUGGGGACAAGAAAGCUCUGAGGAACAACAGAAUCGAGCUGAUACGAGCUUCGUCGCAGGAGCUCACCAUAAAAAUCGGUGACGUCAGCCUUUCAGACGAUGGCCUGUACACCUGCUCGCUUUUCACCAUGCCUGUCAAGACCACCAAGGCCUUCCUCACUGUUCUGGGUGUGCCAAGCCGACCAGAAAUCACAGGAUUCACCAAACCUGCCAUGGAGGGGGACAUAAUCACCCUGACAUGCUCCACACUGGGCAGCAAACCAGCCGCCAAUAUCCGGUGGUUCCGAAAUGACAAGGAGGUUCAAGGCAGUAAAGAGCUGAAUGCCACAGGAAAAUCCUUCACAGUGCGGAGCAGUCUCCAGUUCCAGGUGGACAAAGGGGAGGAUGGGGUCGCCUACACCUGCAGCGUGGAGCAUGUGUCUCUGUCCAACCUUUACACGACAACCGAGGUGCUGGAGGUCCACUAUGCUCCGCGUCUGGAGAUCUCAAAGCCACAGAUAGAUCCACUGGAAGGGCAAUACUUUAAACUGGAGUGUGUGUCCAUAGGCAACCCAAUACCUGAACCAGUGCUGUGGUCUAAAGAUGGAGGAGAGCUGCCAGACAUUGAGCGUAUGAUUGUGGAGGGCAGGGAACUGACCAUCACCACACUAAAUAAAACAGACAAUGGCACAUACCGCUGCGAGGCCAGCAACCACCUGGGGACCAGCACUGCUGAAUACAAACUGUUUGUAUAUGCCAAAGACUUUCCAGGGCCUACAACAGAUCCUAAUGCUUUAGGACAACAUGGACCUGACCACGCUUUAAUUGGCGGAGUUGUUGCAGUCGUGGUCUUCAUCACCUUGUGUCUGAUAAUAGUUCUUGGACGAUAUCUGGCUAGACAUAAAGGGACGUAUCUAACACACGAGGCCAAAGGAGCAGAAGAUGCCCCCGACGCUGACACAGCCAUCAUCAAUGCUGAGGGAAACCACGUGCAUGCAGAGGAAAAGAAAGAGUACUUCAUUUAGACCUCUUUUUCUUUAUUUCAUGACAACUCUUGACAGCAGACAUGCAAUUGUAUGCUGCCUCAGCGUCACUACAUCAUCUGUUUUAGUUUAUUUAUUAUUAUGUCUACUUCAGAAAGCUCAUGUUUGAAUUAUGCUUGUAUUCAAAGCAUUGUCUGACAAUGUAGCUUUCCCUAUUCAACAAUGUAAACCAUACAACAGGACCAUUUUCCAUUUUAGUUUUACGGUGUCUAAAUGCUGUAUACUUCUCUGCAUUUCUAGCAACGCUCGCAUUACCUUUUUUAUUUAGUCCUUUUUUCCACUUAAUUCACCUGUUGAGUACUUCUGCAGAUCUUUUGAAAUGUUGAAACACAAAGAGUUGCUUUUCAAAUCAAGUUAAAUGUUUUGGUUUAAGAACAGUAUAGGUAUCCAUUUAUCUAACUCGAAACAGGUUAACAUUUGGUUUUGGAUGUUGCCUGAAGCUUAAUCCAUAACAGCCAUACUGCAUACAUGAAAAAACAUAAAACUGACAAAAUACUUUUACAAAA